AUAGCUUCGUAGAAGGGGCGACAGAACAAAAUGAGAGAAAUCAUACAUAUCCAGGUUGGCCAGUGCGGCAAUCAGAUCGGUGCCAAGUUCUGGGAGGACAUCUCUGACGAGCACGGUAUCGACCCAACUGGUGCCUACCAUGGUGACUCCGACCUUCAGCUUCAGAGAAUCAAUGUCUACUACAAUGAAGCAUCCAGUGGAAAUUACGUACCCCGAGCCAUAAUGGUGGAUCUUGAACCUGGCACGAUGGAUUCUAUCAGAUCCGGGCCUUUCGGUCAAAUUUUCACACCUGACAACUUCAUCUUUGGUGAGAGUGGUGCUGGCAACAACUGGGCCAAGGGUCACUAUACUGAAGGUGCUGAGCUGGUCGACUCGGUGUUGGAUGUGAUAAGGAUAGAAGCGGACCGUUGUGACUGUCUGCAGGGUUUCCAGCUGACCCACUCCUUGGGAGGUGGAACUGGUUCUGGCAUGGGAACAUUACUUCUGUCCAAGAUCAUUGAGGAGUAUCCAGACAGGAUGUUAUGCACGUACUCUGUUAUACCUACACCAAAGGUAUCGGAAACUGUCGUUGAACCUUACAAUGCGGUACUGUCUGUCCAUCAGCUUGUUGAAUUUACUGAUCACACAUUCUGCAUUGACAAUGAGGCCCUCUAUGACAUUUGCUCCAAGACACUGAAACUCAAGACUCCCACAUAUGGUGACCUGAACCAUCUAAUCUCGCUCACAAUGUCCGGUGUGACAACGUGCCUGAGGUUCCCAGGUCAGCUGAAUGCCGACCUCCGGAAACUUGCUGUCAACAUGGUCCCUUUCCCACGUCUUCACUUCUUCAUGCCAGGUUUCGCACCUCUCACCUCCCGUGGUUGCCAACAGUACCGAGCACUGACAGUACCAGAACUGACUCGACAGAUUUUUGAUGCCAAAAACAUGAUGGCUGCCUGCGAUCCAAGUCAUGGCCGUUACCUCACAGUUGCUGCUGUCUUCAGAGGACGCAUGUCAAUGAAAGAAGUUGAUGAGCAGAUGUUGAGCAUCCAGAACAAGAACAGCAGCAACUUCGUUGACUGGAUCCCUAACAACGUGAAGACUGCGGUUUGUGACAUCCCACCCAGAGGACUCAAAAUGUCUGCAACCUUCAUUGCUAACUCGACUGCCAUCCAGGAGCUGUUCAAGCGUAUCUCAGAGCAGUUCCAAUCCAUGUACAGUCGCAAGGCUUUCUUGCACUGGUACACCGGUGAAGGCAUGGACGAGAUGGAGUUCAGCGAAGCCGAAUCAAACAUGAAUGACCUGGUGUCUGAAUACCAACAGUACCAGGAGGCAACUGCCCAUGAGGAUUUAGAGUUUGACGAGGAGGAGGAAGUUGACAAUUGAGUGAUAUAUAUGUAUUAUUCAAAUUUUAAAAUCAGGGUGACAUGUUACAGCACCAGUAUUAUAUGGAAACUGUUCUUCGUGCCCAGUUGCAAUGGACUAAUUCACAGUAAGCCGAAUUAUAGGCAAUUUUCUUAAAAUGGCUCAUUUGAAUGAAUUGCUUGCGCCAUAUUGAAACAGUUCUAUAAGACAGGUCAAGUUUAAUUCACGAAAUUUAUUAUUUCGUAUUCUUUUGAGAAAAAUAUUGGGCACUGCUGUUUACCUUUAAUUAGAGCCAAGAUCCAUGUACUUGCAGACUGUAAGCUAUUAAUAUCCCCUGAUGUCCUCGCUACCAAAAUCAAAUCUCGUAUAUUCUAUCCAAAACCUACAUUCUUGGCAUUCCUCAGGUGACUUCUGUGUACUACUAACACGGGCGCCAACCACGGCGACUCAUUAGAGAUAAUAAUUCCCUUAACCAUGAUCUCCUCUAGCUGGCGUCUCAUCUCCUAUUAAUCGGAAGGGCGUCACCUCUCCGAACCUGACGAAAUCCGUUGAUCUAAGCAGAACUCUUGUGCUCUUUACAAACCCACUAAUUACACUGGUACCACAAUUCAUAUUUCCUAAGCCUAGGCAUCCCUUUCUCUAGGCCCUCCAACCUCUGGAGCAAAAACUCGGCUCGCUACCGAGCCACAUACGCAUCCGGCGUACAUCCUCCUAGGGGCUCAAUUGAUAUUUCAACUGCAACUGCAUCCCGUAACAUUUUUCUAUUUUCUCUGUCCCUCAGACGAUGAGUGGAGGGUGAUGAUUAGCUCUUGAGCCGCAACGUUCCCGCAAUCAAUGUCGGAUUCUCCCGGGUUCGAACCUGGGAUGGAUCUGCCGUCAGUUCGCCCUAAAAUGUCGAUCCCGGGGUGAUCAGUCCUGUUCUCGACAAUUUUCGGCAGCGGGCGUCCCUGUCGGUGACUAGUGUCUAUCUUCACCACUUGCCCUCACACUCGAUGACGUGUUCGUCACAGGACGGAUGUACUGGUUCCCAAAUCGACAUGUGCCUCCAUAUAUCUUGAGUACAUCAACCCCCAACAUGUCACAUUACUCCCAUCUCUAGACGAACUCUCAAAAUCCGUGAGUACAAAUUUUCCUACCAUAAAUACCGCCACCGGAGCUACCAUGAAUUUAAGUUUACUUCCAGUGAUCCCUCUUGUAGUUGUCUAUGUCAUCCGAAUUUCGGAAGUGUCAGUCUCUAGC